UCGGGGAACGUUCUGGUCCCGGAUUCCGCACGAGGUGUUGACGGGGCCGCUCCCGCCCGCCUCUCCGCCGCGCGCGCCGGGCCCGCGCCGCCCGGGCUGCACGUCCCAGACGCGUCCACGGCGCAAGGCUCAAGAGAGAUCCCCAGGAGGCUGGACCCCAUGGCUUCCUGGCAGAGCUCCUGGUGGCUGCUGAUAUGGAUGGUCUUCAUGCACUCUGCCCUCCUGCAGGCCACAGCAGAGAAGUCCCCCGGAGCCUACUUCCUUCCUGAGUUUGCACUCUCCCCCCAGGGAAGUUUUCUCGAAGACACAACAGGGGAGCAGUUCCUCACAUACCGCUAUGAUGACCAGACCUCAAGAAACACUCGUUCCGAUGAAGACAAAGACAGCAACUGGGAUGCUUGGGGCAGCUGGAGCGACUGCUCGAGGACUUGCGGGGGAGGGGCAUCGUACUCUCUUCGGAGGUGCUUGACUGGGAGGAAUUGUGAAGGACAGAAUAUUCGAUACAAGACCUGCAGCAAUCAUGACUGCCCUCCGGACGCGGAGGACUUCAGAGCCCAGCAGUGCUCCGCCUACAAUGACGUCCAGUAUCAGGGGCGUUAUUAUGAAUGGCUUCCCCGGUAUAACGAUCCUGCGGCCCCCUGUGCGCUCAAGUGCCAUGCACGGGGACAGAACCUGGUAGUGGAGCUGGCACCCAAGGUCCUGGAUGGAACUCGCUGCAGCACAGAUUCCCUGGACAUGUGCAUCAGUGGAAUUUGUCAGGUUGUGGGCUGUGACCGGCACCUGGGGAGCAGCGCCCAGGAGGACAACUGCGGCGUCUGUGCUGGUGACAGCUCCACCUGCAGGCUUGUGCGGGGACAAUCGAAGUCGCACGUUUCUCCGGAAAAAAGGGAAGAAAAUGUAAUUGCUGUCCCUCUGGGAAGUCGGAGUGUAAGAAUUACAGUGAAAGGACCAGCGCAUCUUUUUAUUGAAUCAAAAACACUUCAAGGAAGCAAAAGAGAACACAGCUUUAAUAGCCCGGGAGUUUUCGUCAUAGAAAACACCACAGUUGAAUUUCAGAGGGGCUCAGAGAGGCAGACCUUUAAGAUUCCAGGACCUCUGAUGGCUGAUUUCAUCUUCAAGACCAGGUACACAGUGGCCAAGGACAGUGUGGUCCAGUUCUUCUUCUACCAGCCGAUCAGUCAUCAGUGGAGACAAACCGACUUCUUUCCCUGCACUGUAACAUGUGGAGGAGGUUAUCAGCUCAACUCUGCUGAGUGUGUGGAUAUCCGCUUGAAGAGGGUGGUUCCUGACCAUUACUGCCAUUACUACCCGGAAAACGUGAAGCCAAAACCCAAACUGAAGGAAUGCAGCAUGGACCCUUGCCCAUCGAGCGACGGGUUUAAAGAGAUCAUGCCCUACGACCACUUCCAACCUCUCCCUCGCUGGGAACAUAAUCCUUGGACCGCGUGCUCGGUGUCUUGCGGAGGUGGGAUUCAGAGACGGAGCUUCGUGUGUGUGGAGGAGUCCAUGCACGGGGAGAUUCUGCAGGUGGAGGAGUGGAAGUGCAUGUAUGCGCCCAAACCCAAGGUCAUGCAGACCUGCAACCUGUUCGACUGCCCCAAGUGGAUCGCCAUGGAGUGGUCUCAGUGCACGGUGACUUGCGGCCGAGGGUUACGUUACCGCGUCGUUCUGUGUAUCAACCACCGUGGACAGCACGUUGGGGGCUGCAACCCGCAGCUGAAGUUACACAUCAAAGAAGAAUGUAUCAUUCCCAUCCCAUGUUAUAAACCAAAAGAAAAAAGUCCAGUGGAAGCUAAGUUACCUUGGCUGAAACAAGCACAAGAACUAGAAGAGACCAGAAUAGCAACAGAAGAACCAACGUUCAUUCCGGAGCCCUGGUCAGCCUGCAGCACCACAUGCGGGCCGGGCGUCCAGGUCCGAGAGGUGAAGUGUCGCGUGCUCCUCACGUUCACGCAGACGGAGACUGAGCUGCCUGAGGAAGAGUGUGAAGGCCCCGAGCUGCCCACCGAGCGGCCUUGCCUCCUCAAGCCAUGCAGCGAGGGCCCUGCCUCCCGCGAGCUGGACGUCUCUCUCCAGGAGGACAGCAGGAUGACUUACCACUGGGAGUAUGCUGGGUUCACCCCUUGCACGGCCACAUGCUUGGGAGGCCAUCAAGAAGCCAUAGCAGUGUGCUUGCACACCCAGACCCAGCAGACAGUCAGUGAUACCUUGUGUGAUAUGGUCCACCGUCCUCCAGCAAUGAGCCAGUCUUGCAACAUGGAGCCCUGCCCACCCAGGUGGCAUACCGGCUCUUGGGGCCCCUGCUCAGCUACCUGUGGUGUGGGAAUCCAGACCCGAGAGGUAUACUGCCUGCACUCUGGGGAGUCCCCGGCCCCCGCUGAGGAAUGUGGAGACGAGAAGCCACAUGCCCUACAAGCGUGCAAUCAGUUUGACUGCCCUCCUAGCUGGCACAUUGAAGAAUGGCAGCAGUGUUCCAGGACGUGUGGAGGGGGAACUCACAAUCGAAGAGUCACCUGUCGGCAGCUGUUAACUGAUGGCAGCUUUUUGAAUCUCUCUGAUGAAUUGUGCCAAGGACCCAAGGCAUCUUCCCAUAAGUCCUGUGCCAGGACAGACUGCCCUCCACAUAUCACUGUGGGAGACUGGUCAAAGUGUUCUGUCAGUUGCGGUGUUGGAACCCAGCGAAGAAAGCAGGUGUGUCAGAGGCUGACGGCCAAAGGCCAGCGUGUUCCCCUCAGUGAGAUGAUGUGCCGAGACCUUCCAGGGCCGCCUCUUGUAAGAUCUUGCCAGAUGCCCGCGUGCGAUAAAAUCAAACCAGAGCCAAAGACAAAACCUGGGGAGCAGGGGCCCCAGAUCCUCGGUGUCCAGAGGGUCUACAUUCAGACGAGGGAAGAGAAGCGCAUUAACCUGACCGUGGGUAGCAGAGCCUAUUUGCUGCCCAACACAUCGGUGAUUAUCAAAUGCCCAGUACGACGAUUCCAGAAAUCCCUGAUCCAGUGGGAGAAGGAUGGCCAUUGUCUGCAGAACUCCAAACGGCUUGGCAUCACCAAGUCGGGCUCCCUAAAAAUCCACAGCCUCGCGGCCCCGGAUAUCGGCACGUACCGCUGCGUGGCCGGCUCUGCGCAGGAAACCGCAGUUCUCAAGCUCAUCGGCACAGACAACCGGCUCAUUGCGCCCCCAGUGCUCGGGGAGCACGUGCGGGAGUAUCCGGGGAUGGACCCCAAGGAAGCCAAUAGCUUGGGAGCCACGUGGCAGAAAAUGAGGCAGCUAUGGGGUAACAAAAAUGAGCUUUCUCCGGAGGACGGCCAAACUGCUAAGCAGCCUUUCUUGAGGGCUCUGUUGGGCCCAUGCAGGAAUUCUGCAGGCAACACCAACUUCUGGGAGUUGAAGAACAAGCAGUUUGAAGCAGCAGUUAAACACGGAGCAUAUAGCAUGGAUAUGGCCCAGUUUGAUGAGCUGAUGAGAAACAUGAGUCAGCUCAUGGAAACCGGAGAGGUCAGUGAUGACCUCGCGUCCCAGGUGAUCUAUCAGCUGGUGGCCGAGUUAACCAAGGUGCAGCCAGCCCGCGAGCCGUGGAGGGGCGUCCAGGAAGGGGUGCCUCCCCCCGCACGGCUGAGGGGGGAAACGAGAAGGAUGCCUCAAAUCUCGGAUGUGGAGAACUCAGGCAAGCUGACCUUCAAGCCGAAGAGACCUGUUCUCAUGAGGCAAAGCCAGCCCACCUCGAUUUCCUUUAAUAAAACAAUAAAUUCAAGGAUUGGAAAUACAGUGUACAUUACAGAAAGGACAGAGGUCAUCAACAUACUGUGUGAGCUCGUUACCCCCAGUCAGGCCACGUAUACAUGGACCAAGGAUGGGGCCUUGUUGCAACCCUCAGAAAAGAUAAUCUUGGCCGGAAUGGGAAAAAUGCAAAUACGGAACCCUACAAAGAAGGAACAAGGAACGUAUGGAUGCUCUGUAGCUAACCAUCUCGGUUCAGACGUGGAGAGUUCUCCUGUGCUCUACGCAGAGGCGCCUGCCAUCUUGUCUAUCGAAAGAAAUAUCAGCAGACUGGAACACAGCCAUCUGUCGGUCGUGGUUGGAGGCGUCGUGGGGGCAGCCCUGCAAGCCGAUGUGACAAUCCGAUGUCCUGUAAAAGGUGUCCCUCAGCCUAAUAUAACUUGGUUGAAGAGAGGAGGAUCUCUGAGUGACAAUGUUUCCUUGCUUUUCAAUGGAUCCCUGUUGUUGCAGAAUGUUUCCCUUGAACAUGAAGGAACCUAUGUCUGCACAGCUUCCAAUGCUCUUGGAAAGGCAGUGGCAACGUCUGUGCUGCACCUGCUGGAACAAAGACGUUUGGACAGUAAAAGCAUAUUUCCCAAGGACUAUAAAAAUCAUAUGCUCCAGGCAUCCAACGCUGGAACCAACAGCAAUGACCCAACAGGAGAACCCCGACCUCCAGAGCCUUUUUGGGAGCUCGGUAACUGGACGCAUUGUUCUGCCACCUGCGGCCACUUGGGAGCCCGCGUCCAGAGACCCCGGUGUGUGAUGGCCAACGGGCAGGAAGUGAGUGAGGCCCUUUGCCAAAACCUCCCGAAGCCGCUGGCUGGGUUUCAGCCCUGUAACAUCCAGGACUGCCCCUCCAGGUGGUUCACGAGCGCGUGGUCUGAGUGCUCUGUGUCUUGCGGUGAAGGGUUCCACAGUCGGCAAGUGACCUGCAAACGCGCCAAAGCCAACGGCACCGUGCAGGUGAUGUCUCCAAGAGCGUGUGCUCCCAGAGAGAGGCCUCUGGGAAGAAGGCCAUGUUCCGGUCAUCCUUGUGGCCAGUGGGUCGUUGAGCCAGGAGGCCAGUGUCCGGCUCGUUGCCUGGGUCGCACUGGGAGGAUGCAGCAGCAGCAUGCGGUUUGCCAGCAUCGCAACAGCUCUGACCCCCGCUGCGAUGACAGAAGGAGACCCACCUUGAGGAGGAACUGCUCGUCGGGGGCUUGUGACACGUGUUGGCGCACAGGCCCCUGGAGGCCCUGCACGGCAGCCUGCGGCCGGGGCUUCCAGUCUCGGAAAGUCGACUGUGUCCGCACGAGGAGCUGCAGACCCGUGGUGGAGAGACACUGUGUGCCGAAAAAGAAACCGGCUUCCUGGCGGCACUGCCUUGGGCCUUCCUGUGACAGUACGUACCCCUCGCAGGACACUGCUCAGACACGGCUCACUACUGUAUGUUUGUAAAGCAUCUCAGUUUGUGUUCGCUAGAUCUCUACAAACAGAGGUGCUGCCAGUCUUGUCAAGAAGGGUAAGCCUGUGGCCGGGGGUCGUAACGCUGCUGUGAAGACAGAGCCAAAACGUGUAGAAGCUCUCUUCCCCCACGUAGCUGGUUCAGAAACGUGUGAUUUCUCUUAGAACUCUAGAUCCCGCCUCCGGGGGUCGGUGCCAACUCACCGCUGGUGGGACGUCGUCCUAUUGCCUUCCCCGUGGCCCAUUUUCAAUCCCAGCUCUUUGAGGUGGUCUAUUCCGGGACCAUCAGAAACACGGUAGCAGGCGUGCCCUUGCCCUUGGCACCCUCCCCAUGUCCUUCUAAUCAGGAAACCGCCCAGAUCCCCAGUGUGUUGUCACAGGCUGCUUGUCCUGUGACAGGUAGACCCGCGGAGGGUAGGACGCCCUGAAGACACGAGGGACACGCAGCCGCCGAUGACUUCCUCUUCUCUCGAGUUUUGGGGUUUCAACAGGUUUGUAAGGCAGCUACACUUUAGAAGCUCUGGCCAGUAGUUGUUAAGAUGGUGUGAAGGGCGCUAGUGCAUUUUUAUGGGUCCUUAAGUCUGGUCUGUGGAGAAGAGGCCAUCGUUCUGGACGGGGUCACUGCACUGACUGAUCCGAGGACCCUGGGGGCGAGGAGGGGGGCGGUGGCAUCUUGUUCUUGCUCUUACAGCACCUGGGGGCAAGGCACAAACUACAUGUUGCUGCCAUUUUCACAACCAUGGGGAUCUACCUGUGACCAGAUGAGGCGUUUCGGAAAUCAAAGGAGAGGGAAAGUCCACCUUUUCUACUGAUUUUGAAGUGUAUUCAAAGCUUUCUCUUAAGAGCUGUGAAUGAAAUUUUCCUAAGCCCUAUUCUCUUGCACACACGCAGAAAAUCGAAGCCUUGUUAGACCUAAUUUACGCAUAAAAUAGUACUCCUGAGGAUAUUUUGUUUCAGGAUUUUUGUUUCUUAUAAUCCUGAAGAUUAUGAGAAAGUCAUCUAAAUAGGAAACAUGGUGGUUGAAAAGAAUUGUUUACCGUGAAUAAUUGUUUUAAUUCAGACCGAUUUGUCGGUAAAUCCAAAGUGAAUGUGGGUUAGGCUAGAAGUUACAGGAGGGCCGGGGGUCAGAGUUAGGAUUUGGUGAGUAAGUUUAGGGUUCACUUUAGUUUUAGGACCGGGUGAGGGGAGAGUGGAAGGUUAUGUUAGGGUUAAGGCGAGAGUUGAUGUUGGCGGUUAGCGAGAAGGCCAAGUUGGGUUGCGUUGGGUCACAUUCAGACUGGGGUCAGUGCUGGUGAUGGUGCCGUGUCCGGGUGGAGGGUAAAUUGGGAGUGAAUUGUUUCUGCUGAAGGAGUCUGGGGCUUGCGUGAAAUUGUGACGUUCUGACGCUCAUUCGGUUCUGGAGUCCUUCCCCUAACAUCCCACUGGUUAUGACUUUCAAUGGCACACGACCCAAGGAUGCGGCCAUCCUUCCUCGGUCAGCAUUCUAGCUGCCUGCGCACAUGCUGCCGACAGCCCGUUGGCCACGGCAGCACCUGAAGCAGGUGGUGCUGGACCAAGUCCCUGAUCACGAAGAAGCAAACAGCACGUUGGGGCUUUGGAUUUGUCUGAGUCUCUCCGCCAUAUGUUCUGAGCACCAGCUGUCAUGUUCUAACUUCAGCCUCACUGACACUGACAAUGAGCACUACUGUACGCGGAGGGUUUGGUGGCCGGGACGGAGGGGGACGUGAAGGGCACACACAGCCCGUGGGGUGUUAAUCAUCAGUCACACUUGAUUGUGGAAGGUUUUUAAAUUAAAAGAAAGAUCAUUUGUAAACUAGUCUUUGUAUAUAUUUAUUAUAUGACUUAAAGGUGCAAUAUUUUAUUUUGUACAGUAUGUAAUAAAGACGUGGGACAUAUAUUUUUUUUUCUUAUCAACAAAAUUUCCUAUUAAAUUGCUUCACCUCUGUGUUUAAAGUUCAAGUCGCUAUCUUUCAUUUGCUAUUGUACUUUCGUCUUGGUAUUGUUCAAGUGACAUUCCUGUGUACUGUAUUUUACUACUGUUUCUAUAAUAUAAGAGUUAAUGUUUCUUUCAUGACCCUUAAGUCAUUCAGAAAUAAAUUUACUUUGAUUAUUUA